UAAAAAAGUAGUUCUUGGUCUUUUCUGAAUAAUUCGUUCAUCAGUCUUUCUAUAACGUCUUUAUUAGAUUCAAUCAUUCUGAAAAACUGCAACUUUAAUACAUAGUGAUUCAAUAUGUACACUGAGGAAGUUUUUAAUGAAGGUUCAAAAACAAUUACAAGCGUAUCGAUUUUCUCAGUGAAGAGCCCGAAAGCUACAUUGCCGGCAAAUUUUUUUUUCUUCUAAUCAUCGAGGACGCACCUGUGGUGAAGUUUUUAUCAUCCAAAAACGUAGCAAGUAUUAAGAAAAUUUUUCAAAGCUAGUUGUAACAUUUGAGACUGUCCGAAAAUGACUGGUCGCGCACGAGCAAGAUCAAGAGGCAGAGCACGCGGUCAAGAGACUGCGGCACCCGGAGCGAGCCAGGCUCAAGAGCCUGCACCAACAGCUGUCCCUCCUACAGAGGGGGAGCUGGUCGGUAGAGGGAGGCAGAAAGGAGCUCCAGGACCAUUUUCCGCAGAAGCUGUACUGCAGAUUUCAGCUGGAUUUCAGCAGGUGAAGCUGGGAGAAAGAGGUGGACGCCACCGGGAUUUUCAUGAUGCAGGAAUUAACACCAGGCAGGCUAUGGAGCAUGUUAAGGAAUCAAAGUCUGGAACAACUGGAUCAGCCAUUCAGUUGACAGCCAACUUCUUCCGCAUCCUGUCCCGCCCUCAGUGGGUUCUGUAUCAGUACCAUGUGGACUUCAAACCGCCGAUGGAGUCUCGUCGGCUGAGAUCUGCCCUCCUCUUCCAGCACGAGGAAGAGCUUGGCUCAGCACGGAGUUUUGAUGGAGCUCUGCUCUUUCUGCCUCUCAGACUGCAUAGCAAAGAGACUGUGCUCCAUAGCGAAACAAGGAAUGGGGAGAAGGUUCAGAUAACUGUCACACUGACAAAUGAACUGCCACCCACAUCACCAGUGUGUAUUCAGUUUUACAACAUCAUAUUCAGAAGGAUCUUGAGAAUUCUCAACAUGCAGCAGAUUGGACGCAACUACUACAACCCCAGUGAUCCGCUCAACAUCCCACAGCAUCGCCUGACAAUCUGGCCGGGUUACACCACCACCAUCUUGGAAUACGAGUCAUCGAUCAUGCUGUGUACUGACGUGAGCCACAAAGUGCUGCGUAGUGAGACUGUCCUUGACUUUAUGGCCAACCUGAGGCAGCAGUGUGGAACUCAACGCUUCCCUGAGAUCUGCACUAAGGAGCUUGUUGGACUCAUAGUCCUUACCAAGUACAAUAACAAAACCUACAGGAUUGAUGACAUUGCAUGGGAUCACACUCCUAACAACACAUUCAAGAGGGGAGACACAGAUAUUUCCUUCAAGAACUACUACAGGACUCAAUAUGGCCUAGACAUCACUGAUGGGAACCAGGUGCUGCUGAUCAGCCAUGUAAAGAAGAUGGGUCUUGCUGGAGCUCCUCCUCCAGGCCCGGCCAUGCUCAUCCCAGAGCUGUGCUACCUUACAGGGCUGACUGAUAAGAUGCGAGCUGACUUCAACAUCAUGAAGGACUUGAGUGCCCACACCAGACUGACCCCAGAGCAGAGAGAGGGACGCCUUAACAGAUUUGUCACUAAUAUACAGAAGAAUGCUGACGCACAGGCAGAGCUCGAUAAGUGGGGACUCAACUUCGAUAAGCAACUCCUAAAUCUGACUGGCAGAGUCCUCCCAGGGGAGAGGAUUUUCCAGGGAUCAAGAUCGUAUGAGUAUAACCCCUGGGCAGCUGACUGGUCCAAAGAGAUGCGUGUGGUGCCUCUGAUCAGCUCUCCUCCGUUGGAUAACUGGCUUAUGUUUUACACCCGUCGUAACACCAAUGAAGCCCAGUCCCUCCUGCAGGCUCUCAACAAAGUCUCAGGUCCACUCGGUAUCCGCAUACAAAGAGCCGUCAUGAUCGAGUACGAGGCUCAUCAGGAGUCUCUCCUCAGAGCCCUGCAGCACAAUGUUGGACCCCAAACACAGAUGGUGGUGGUGGUCCUCCCUAGCAGCAGGAAGGACAAGUAUGACAGCAUCAAGAAGUACCUUUGUGUGGACUGCCCCACUCCCAGCCAGUGUGUGGUGUCCCGUACCCUUAGUCGACCACAGGCACUUAUGACUGUAGCUACCAAGAUUGCACUGCAGAUGGCUUGCAAGAUGGGAGGAGAGCUCUGGAGCGUAGAAAUCCCUCUCAAACAACUGAUGAUUGUGGGCAUUGACUGCUACCAUGAUACUACUGCUGGGAAAAGGUCCAUUGGAGCUCUGGUGGCCAGCCUCAACCAGAGCAUGAGCAGGUGGUUCUCAAAGUGUGUGCUGCAGCACAAAGGUCAGGAAAUCAUGGACGGACUGAAAAUGGCCUUAAGUGCUGCACUGAAAGACUAUCUGAAGUUCAACAACUGCCUGCCUUCACGCAUCAUUGUGUACCGAGAUGGAGUGGGAGACGGCCAGCUGCACAGCGUGGUUAACUAUGAGGUUUCACAGAUAAUGCACUCCAUCCAGUCCAUGGGGCAUGACUACAAGCCCAAGCUGAGCGUGGUGGUGGUGAAGAAGCGCAUCAGCAGCAGGUUCUUUGCCCGCAUCAGUGGCAAAGUGUCAAACCCUCCCCCAGGCACCAUCAUUGACUCAGAUGUCACCCGUCCUGAGUGGUAUGACUUCUACAUUGUGAGCCAGGCUGUCCGCACUGGAAGUGUCUCGCCAACCCACUACAAUGUUGUGUACGACACCAGUGGACUGAAACCUGAUCAUAUGCAGCGUCUUACCUACAAGCUGUGCCACAUGUACUAUAACUGGCAGGGGAUCAUCCGAGUGCCUGCUCCCUGCCAGUAUGCCCACAAGUUGGCUUUCCUUGUGGGUCAGAGCAUCCACCGGGAGCCCAAUGUGCAACUGGACGACCUUCUAUUCUACCUGUAAGGAUAAAGAUGAACAAUUUGCUCGGCUCUGACUAACAUUUCCUUGGAAAGAACAUCAUUUAUGUGAACUUUAGUCAGAAAAGCUCUCUUCCGUUGAAGUUAAGUUUUGAAGAUGCCGGGAGUUAUGCAUUGCUAGCAUCGGAUUGAGUCAGAUAGCCCUGUGUAUGAAGUUACGCAGUUUAAGAGGUUUAUGUUACAUAUUUAAGUCUAAUGUAAAGACAAAGCCCGAAUUCAGAGGUCAAAAGCCUGCAGGUGCUAAAAUGAUAAACAGGCACCUUGUUCUGUUUGAAAUACACUUGAGGUUCACAUGAUAAUGUGGAUGAAGAUGUUAAGAGUGAAACGGCACAAGUAACUUGAUCUGCGAGUUAAUCCAGGCAGUUUCCCAAAUUGGAAAUAUUUGAAAGACUACAUGUCAUGAUUGUUUUGUCACUCAGAGCUACAGAACCAAUAUAAGUUGAUGUGGUUUUUGCCUUUUUCAGUAAGAGAAUAUCUAAGCAAAGUAGUCUUUUCAUAGGGGAAUCUAGAGGAGUUGUUUACCUGUUUAUUAUACAAGUAAGGCUCACGUGAUUUGUAGAUUGGUUAUAGGAUUGGCUGUCAUCCAUACCGGGGAGGAAAGAUGUGCUGAAAUUUCAAGUUGUUAGGACCUAGAAGUUGACCCAUGAGUCUUAUUACUAAGAACUGUUAAUUGCUUUGUUGCAAAUGGUUUGAAUAAACAUUUUUGUGUGGUA